UCCACUGAGUGGCGCUGUAAAAGCGCACUUUGCUUGGAUCUCGAUGGAGAGAUCCGAUGGCUGUCAGUUUUCCCAGGUGUUCAAACUUUUUUUUUUUUUUGGUAUUUUCUUCAAGACCCAUCAGUCUACAGCUUGUACAAUUUUCUUUUCAACGAUUUUUGCCCGAGAAGUCUAUGUUCUUCUUCCUCCGCGCUUGAGGAAGAGGAAACUUCCGCUCGUCUGAUCUUUUGCGUGUUUGGGUCGAAGCCCCCCUCCCCUGAUAGUUUUUCUUGGGGUGAAAUCGGGCUUUCUUGUUCACCUGGAAGCCGCAGGGGCACGGGUAGAAACUCCCCGGACCUUGCUUCUCAGCUGCCCCCUCCCUGCUGCAGGUCUGCAGCUGUAAAUGUCCUAAACACUGUGUGCUGACGAAGUCGAGCUCAGGAAGACUUUGAGGACUCUUUUGAUCGGAGCUUUGAAGAAAAGAAGCGAGCCACAGGUGUGUCGGAUGAAAGGACAGGUAAAGCUCCUGCAGCGGCAGGGUGAUGCAGACGGAAUGUACUAACCUCCUGUUCCACCUUGCAUCCACCCUGUUGCAAAAGAACAAUAGAGAACUUUUCUUUUUUUUUUUCUUUUCUUUUUUUUUGCUGAAUAAGAGGUGUGAUCACGAGGUCACACCUCUUGUGAGGUCACCUGUGUUUCUGGCUAUCCACGGGAAGACUUUUAAAGGCGAUAGUUGUGCUUGCAUCUCAUAACCUGGAGUGACAAGUCUAAAUGAUGGAGUGGCGUGAGCAGUCCUCCGUCAGCAGUGAGGAAGCAUACUUGGAGGCGCAAAGAUGGAUCGAGGCAGCAACCAAGAAAAAAUUUGGGAACGGCGACUUCCGAUCAGCCCUGGAGAAUGGAGUUCUGCUGUGUGAUCUGAUAAACAAGAUCAAGCCUGGCACCAUCAAAAGGGUCAACAGGCUCCCUACACCUAUUGCUGGACUGGACAACCUUAACGUCUUCCUCAAGGCUUGUGGGAAGCUUGGACUAAAGGAGGCGCAGCUCUUUCACCCCGGGGAUCUGCAAGACUUGUCCACCAGAGUGACAGUAAAGCAUCAAGAGACAAACAGGAGGCUGCAAAAUGUUUUAAUCACCAUUUACUGGCUGGGUAGGAGAGCUCAGAGUGAUCGUUUCUAUGAUGGACCUUACCUAAAUUUCAAGGCCUUCGAGGGAUUAUUAGGCACUGCACUAUACAAGGCUCUGCAGGAAUCAAACAGUCAGAAGGGCUCCAGCGUUCGAGACAGUGGUUUUGGAGACAGUUGGUACUCUGAGCGAGAGGAGAUCUAUUCUCUGAGAGGAGGUGGAGGCGGAGGAGGAGGACACAGGAGGGACGACUCGUUGGACAGUUUGGACUCGCUGGGCUCGAGACCCCACAGCAUCUCAUCUGACGCCACUCUGAAAGGCAGCAGUGAGGGUUGUUGCAGCGACACCGAGGCAGACUCCAUCUUCAGGAUGGCUGACAACAAGAACAGCCUCAGCUACCGCAGGUCACUAGUCAUCACGCCUAAAGCCAGCGCCCAGUUUAACCAGUUCCUGCCCACUAAAGACAAGCAGUCGGGCUACGUGCCGGCUCCGCUGAGGAAGAAACGGGCUGAGCGCAACGAGGACAGCCGGCGUAGCUGGGCCAGCUCCAGCUUUGCAGAAGAUGAAGCCACACUCACCAGACAGCAGCAAACGCAAGAAAGUUCUGAUGGGAGCAAAUCGACAAGCGACAUCCAGGUGGACCCCUCAAUCAUCCGGCAGAAUCGCUUCGAAGAGCUUCAGAAGUACCGCGAACAGAUUAAAGAGAGUGAGGAUAAGUGGCAAGAUGACCUGAGCAAAUGGAAAAACCGGCGCCGGAGCGUGAACUCUGAUAUAGUGAAGAAGAAGGAGGAGCGGGAGAAGAUAGAGCAGACCACGUACGGCAGCGACGGCAGGUCCAAGACCUUCAAGGAGAUCCAAGAGGAGAGAGACACUAAAAAAAGGAACAGCAUCGGCAGCCGCCUGUCGUCUCUCUCCUACUUGGACGACGACGACAACGUAUUUGAGAAACCCGCAAUUCGCGCACCGACCCGAUCACUUCCAGCCAGAAGCUACACCAUCGACGUUCCCUCGUAUUCCCCAGAACCCUCCAAGCCCUCUCCGAAAGUCAAGGAGCCCCCCACUGCUUCCCCACGUACUCGCAGACCGCCUUCGCCUCCCACUCCGCAGGAACCCGUGGACGGUCCUGCAGCCAAAAACUCCCCCACCACCACCACCACUACCAACACCACCACCACUACCAACACCACCACCAACCAGUCUACAGCACCUGCAUCCUACCAGAAGAGUCCAGUGGAGGAACGCGAGGCCAUAAAAUACACAGAGAAAACUACGAGGGACGUACCCACCCACUCCUCCUUCGCCUCCACCCAGAAGGAGCUCAAGCCAAGGCCCUCAUUGUUGGGAGCACCGACUGUGGUGGAGGCCCCCUCCUCCAGCUCUCUGGACAGACAACCACAGUUGAGCUCGAUGGAACCCAAGCCUCCCACCGUGUCUCGGGUUUCCGCCUCUCUCCCCAGGAGCUACCAGAGAUCGGAUAGCGCGCGGCUAACCUCGGUCGUCGCUCCGAGGCCCUUUGGGACCCAGCCGUCCCGCAUCUCCUCUCUUUCCAGAGCCCACACAAUGGACGAAUCCCACAAGGGUGUCAAUGGCAACGUCGAUGUUUCUAAGAAGGCGUCAGUGCCGAGCCGGUAUCACCAGUACAUGACCUCAGAGGACGAGGCUCAGUCCAGUUCUGCACACAGCAGCAAUGACGAGGAAGAGGAGGAGGAAAAGGAAGAGGAGAACGCCACAGCGAAGGGCCUGUCCUUGACUCAGAGCAUCAGUUCUCUCCUGUCUCCUGUCGAGAGUGAAGUCUCAGUCAGUCCUGCUCCUAGCAAAGAAACCAGCAAGGAGGAUUUCUGUGAGAUGCGAAUCAGCCUGAACCAGAAACCCAACAGCAGCCGAGACUUUGGCUUCCAGGCUGCCUGGGACUCAACGGGAGCUCGGGUCACGUCCAUCCAACCAGGUAGCUCGGCCGAGAUGUGCCAGUUGCAGGUCAGGGACGAAGUGCUGACGGUGAACGGGCUCCAGGUGGCACAAAUGAGUUACGCGCAGUGGAAGUCCAGCUUGGAGGAGGCUCUGCAGAAGGGCACCCUGGUCAUGGAUGUGCGCCGUCACGGCCAGCACAACUGGGACAGAGAUCAACCUUCCCUGCCUUUUAAAAGCCAUAAGACCAUCAAUCUGACCAGUACGGAUCAUCCGACACUUCUAGGUCCCCCUGAGACAAAGACCGCCAACUCCAGCCUGGAUUUCACUUCCGGUAGCGUCACAGAAUCGGUGCUGGCUAAACAGCCCCCCACUCUUCCUCUGGUGGACGUGGCUUCAAGCAGAGUUAAUGGGGACUUCCAAGACCAACCAGUGACCAUGAGGAACAAAGAAUCAGAACCAAUAUCUUUGAAAAACUUAAAACGGAGAUCAGAGUUUUUUGAACAAGGAGGAUCGGAGUCUGCGAUGCCAGAUAUCCCUGUUCCUGCAAUCACUCCAACUUCCUCCAGCCGCUGGUCGUGGAACCCAGAAGAAGAGCGCAAGAGACAAGAGAAAUGGCAGAAGGAACAAGAGCUCCUCCUACAGGAAAAAUACAAGCGUGAUCAGGAGAAGCUGCAGGAGGAGUGGCUCAAGGCUCAGCAGGAGAUUGUCACAAGCGUGGGCCACCAGGUGAACAGCCAUGGUGUCAGCCCACACUCGCCCCCGUCUUCUCUCCAACAGCCCGCUCUGUGGGAAGAGGAGGAGAGGCAGAGGAAGGUGGAGCAGGAGCGCCAGCGGCAGGCGGAGGAGAGGAGGAGGAGGGAAGAGGAGGAGCGGGAGCUCCAGCGACUCCAGGAGGAGAGGAAGAGAAGAGAAAUGCAGGCGGAGGAGGAGAGGGAAAAAAGGGAGGUGGAACUGAGAAUGCAAAGGACGAGAGAGGAGGAGCUAAGAAAGAGGGAGGAGGAGCAGAAGAGAGAGGAGGAGUGGGAGAAGAAGCGGAGGCAGCAGGAGGAGGCGGCGGAGCAGCAGCGCAGGCAGAAAGCCUUCGAGCAGCAGAGAUGGGCCUCUGCCUCCCACGACUUUGACAGUGCUCACCCACCACUGUCCUUUACUGACAGGACAAAAUCCCAGUCGUCUCCCCAGCUGGAUGAUGACGACAAGCCUCAGAGGAGAGCGGUGGGAAGCACAGCUCCUGACGGGAAGAGUCAGCAGCCGCUGUCGCAGGCCGAGCUGGAGCGCCAGCAGAUCCUGAAUGAGAUGAAGAAGAAGACGCCGCUCCUGACGGACAGCAGCUGGAUCCGCCAGCGCGCCGCCAACACGGCCGUCAACAGGGACGGCGACGUGCCGCCUAUGCGCAGAGGGGAAUCUCUUGACAACUUGGACUCCUCCUACGACUCUCGGCGUUCAUCCUGGACUCCCAGAAGCAGCUCUUUUGCCUCAAACUACUCUCGGCCGUAUUCUGGCUACUCUGGCAGCUCUUCUUUUUACACCGGCGCGUCGGGGCCCCGCCGGCCGGUCUCCUCCACCCUGCCCCCCUCCUUCUCUGCGGGUUCCCUCCGCGGUGGGGCAGGAACUUACUCGGCCCCUUGGUCCCGUCCGUCCCUCUCCCCUUCCACUCCGUCACCAGUCACCUCUCCAGAGCCCGCACCUGACGCCUAUCAGCAACGGAACAGGUCAGUGAGUGGCAGGAAAACCUGCACGUUCUGUGACACCCCGCUGGGAAAGGGAGCAGCCAUGAUCAUCGAGUCCCUCGGGCUCUGUUAUCAUUUGGGCUGUUUCAAGUGCAUCGACUGCAAGUCCGACCUCGGCGGCUCGGAGGCCGGGGCCGAAGUCAGAAUACGAAACAAGCAACUCUUCUGUAACACCUGCUACAUGCGAGUCAAAAUUGGCCAGCCAACAUCCAUGUGAUCCAGGCGUGCUGCAGCAGAUCGACGAGGAGACUACAUGUGACAACAACCCAUGAACUUUAAAGUGGAAGCCAUUGCAAUAAUAAGCCGGACCUAAGGUGUCUUUAAUUGUACUGAUGAGAUAGAGAUUUCAAAAGAAGUUAUCUACUUUUAUCAUAUCGUCUGACGCAUUAUAACUGUACAAAUGCUCCACAUUCCAUGUCUAUAUAUUUUUUAUUAUUAUUUUUAUUUUUUAUGUUUUAGCCAUAGAUCUAUCUCUGCGAGAUUCCAUGAGAGCUUGCCUUCCCGACUCCGUUUAGACAGAUUUUGUAAAUGUGGUGAGAGAAAACUGCAGGAUCAUGCUUCUUUUCUAUGCGUGUCUGGGGGGAUUAAUUUGCCCAUUGGGGGAACGGGGAAGGUAUGCUUUACACGCGUAUGUGGCUUUGUAUUUGUAAAAGACAAAGGAAAUAAAAUGAUUAGGAUUCUCUGAUGCAUCGUGUUUGAAAAUGACGGCCUGCUUUGACCGCACUUUUUAUGCUAAGACUUCACGUCAUUCUGUACUGAAUUAAGGCAAAGAAUAACGCUGUAAAUAAAUGACUAAAUCCUCA